CCGGCGGGCCCCGGCCAGGGAGUGUGUGCUGUGGGGAGUGCCGACUGUCCGUCCCCAACGGCUGAAACCGUCCCCGUACCGGCGGAUCGCCUGCCCUCGGAGAGCGCACCACGCCACACAAAUGGGAGGAAAGAGCGCCUCACACGCGGGCCUGUACGGGGUGGACCUGGAGCCGGACCCGCGCUACCAGCGCUGCUGCUCCAACAUCUUCCGUCCGGGCCGCGUGCUGCGCGACUGCUGCCUGGGCCUGGUGGUGCUGCUCGUCAUCGCCGCCGUCAUCGGCGCCAUGUUCCUGCUCGUCUUCUUCGUGCUCAAAGAUCUGACGCCCAGCGCCGAGUCGAGAGCGCCCAGCAACGCGUCUCAGAGCGGCUUGGACGGGCCGGAGCUCGAUCAGAAGUCGCGCGGCAGGGGCGGUCGACGUGAGGAUGAGAUCAACAUCAACGACAUUUACGGAGCCAAUGACGUCGACUGGGACGAUUUGGAGGACCACGAUCACGAUGAUGACGAUGAUCGGGGUGUGGCUCCAAAGCCGGAGCCGGAGCCGGAGCCAGAGCCGGAGACGGAGUCGGAUCUGGACUCGACGGACCUGGAGUCGGAUACCCACCCCAUGUGGGACCAGGAGCUGCGGCUCUUCACUGAUAGCACAGAGGCUGCAGAGCCCGAGCCCUCCACCACGGCGGAGCCCGAGCCCGAGCCCUCCACCACAGCGGAGCCGGAGCCCGAGCCCUCCACCACAGCGGAGCCGGAGCCCGAGCCCUCCACCACAGCGGAGCCGGAGCCGGAGCCAACAGUCACCAGUGAGUCGGAGCCAACAGCCACAGCAGAGCCGGAGCUUUCUGUCACGGCAGAGCCGGAGCCAACAGCCACGGCAGGGCCGGAGCUUACUGCCACGGCAGAGCCGGAGCUUACUGCCACGGCAGAGCCGGAGCCAACAGGCAGGCCGGAGGACCGGACUCCGGAGCCCACGGCGGCCGCUCCGGAACCCGCCGGCACCGAUGACGUCAUCCAGGAGCUGUACGACCUGUUCGAGACCGUCGAGUCGGAGCUAUCGUCGACAGCCGGUCCGGACGCCGAGUCCGCGACUGUGGCGGCCGGCUCCGAGCCGGCAGCCGGCGCUCCCGAGGAGAGCCCCGUCGCCUCUGACCCGGCCUUCGAGGGCCGCGGGCUCGACGCGGGCGAGCCGGGCGCCACUGGAGACCCCGAGCAGCCCUCGGCUGACGCGCCGACCCCGGUCCCGGCCGAGGUGCCGACGGACCCGACGGCUGCAGCGGCGGGAGAGGGCGCUGCCGCCGAGCCGAGCCCGGACUCCGUCCCCACCGCCGCCGAGCCGACCCCUGACCCCACUCCCACCGCCGCCGGGCCGACCCCUGACCCCACUCCCACCGCCGCCACUGACACUGAGGGCAGUGUCGACCCCGCCACUGAGGACGUCUCUGCGACACCGGAGCCGGCCACACAGCCUCCCGUGGUGGCCGUCAGAGCGGAGACAGCGCCGCCGACGGAGCUGCCGGCGGCGAGCCCCUCCGGCGGUCUGAGCGUGGUGGCCGGACCGGACCUGGGCCCGGCCCGGCCCGCGCCCGGCGACAGCGGCGACACCUUCGACAUCGUGGUGUCAGAGACUGCGGCGGGCGGCGCUGCGGUCGGAGGGGACGAGAUCGUCACCAGCGCGGCGCUGCCCGAGUGGGCGAUCACCACCGAGACGCCGCCGGCGGCCGGGGGCGCGGCGCAGCCGGGCUCGGGAGCCGACAGCACGGACCUGUCUGGUCUGCUCUCGGGCGACUCGCUGGCCGCUCUCGCCCGGGACGACAUGCUCGACCUGAUGGAGAAGCCGCCGACGCCGGAGGGCAGGUCGCUGGACUCGGCGCCCCUGCUGCAGGUGCUCGGCGGACGGCGGGAGCAGCUUCUGGCCGGCCGCUGCUCAGCAGACGAGUUCUCCUGCGCCGCCGGCGGCGACUGCGUGCCCGGCGCGGUGCGCUGUGACGGCGCCGCCGACUGCGGCGACGGCAGCGACGAGCUGCUCUGUCCGCGGCAGCAGUGUGUGGCCGCGCAGUACAGAUGCGCCGGCCCUGCUACUGUGUGUGUGGACAUCAGCAGUCUGUGCGACGGCGUCCCGGACUGUCCUGAGCAGGAGGACGAACUCGACUGUCCAGUCACCGAGACAGUCACCGAGACAGUCACCGAGACCGGCACCGAGACCGGCCCUGAGUCUGUCACCGAGACCGUCACCGAGACCGGCACCGAGACCGGCCCUGAGUCUGUCACCGAGACCGUCACCGAGACCGCCGUGCCUACAGAAGUGGCCACCCUGGGCGACGCUGCCAGUUCAGCGGUGGCCCCGGAACCGGCUGUCCCCGCCACCGAGCAGACCGUCGUCCCCGCCACAGACGAGCAGACGGCGCACGCCACAGACGAGCCCGCACCCGCCACAGACGAGCAGACGGCGCCCGCCACAGACGAGCAGACGGCGCCCGCCACAGACGAGCAGUCCGCGCCCGCCACCUCCACUGAGGAGACAGCCCCUGCGACCGAGGAGGUUUCCACUACCGCGCCGGAGGCCGGACCCGCCACGGAAGAGACGGUUCCAACUGCCGAUGAGGCCGUUCCUGCCAUCGAGGAGAUCGUUCCUACCACAGUUGAAACAGUACCUGUCAACGAGGACCCGGUUCCAGCCACGGAGGUGACCGCUCCCGCUGCCGGGGAGGCGGCUCCCGCUGCCGGGGAGGCGGCGGCCCCCGUCACUGAGGAGACCGCCGCCCCGCCGGCCGUGGCCGAGCAGUGUCCGCUGGGCGAGCUGCGCUGUCUGGGCGGCCUGUGCAUCUCACUGGACCAGGUGUGUGACGGCCGCGCACAGUGUCCGGACGGCGCCGACGAGCUCAACUGCCGCGAGUGAGGCGCCGCGGCCGGCGUCAGCUCACAGCCAGUGAGCGGCGAUCGGGAAGGGGGCCUCGGCGAAACGACUCACAGUGCGCCUCUCCUGGUCAUUCGGUGCCGGCCGGAGCUGCGCCGCCGCCGGACCGGGAGCGGGGGUGCGCUCCGUCUGACACCCUGCGCCGCCGCCGGACCGGGAGCGGGGGUGCGCUCUGUCCGAUACCCUGCGCCGCCGCCGGACCGGGAGCGGGGGUGGGCUCUGACACCCUGCGCCGCGCCGGACCGGGAGCGGGGGUGGGCUCUGUCCGACACCCGGAGCUGCGCCGCCGCCGGACUGGGAGCGGGGAUGGGCUCCGUCUGAGAGCGGGGGUGCGCUCUGUCCGACACCCGGCUGCUGCGCCGCUACCUACUGAGCGCCGCGUGAGCUGGCUCACUGAGGGGAGCUCGCUCCUCUCAUAGGAGGAGACCAGGGACGGCAGUGUGUCUGAUGUGCAUGUGUGCGGCAUGUGGCUGGAAUGGUUGGAGAGAUAGAUCUAAGCCGAUGUCGGCCAGAGAAGGAUUGUGUUCACCGCCGGCGCCGGCCGGCCGCGAGUGCUUGGCGAUCACUGUCGGCUGUCACCAGUAGUGACGCUGGUGAGUGACAUUGGUGACCUCGGUGUCCGUGGGAUGACGAACAGCUGUCUCCACUGAGUGGGUCUGUCACCAGUGGUAGACUCUGCAGUGUUAGUGUUGUCGGACGAGGUCUGUGUUAGACACGGUCUGUGUCAGACGCGGUCUGCUGUCGGGUGCCGGACGCGGUCUGUAUCGGAUGCAGUCUGUUGUCGCACGCGGGCUCUGCUCGGUUGGUUCGGCAGUUGAUAAUCGAGUGGUAACCGAGGUGAGCGGCUCGCUCUCGAGUGGAUAGCCAGACUAGUCGGCUAGACUCGGUGUCCGCCGCUCCACUCGGUGUCCGCCGCUCCAGUCUGUGUCCGCGGAUCCAGUCUGUGUCCGCGGAUCCACUCGGUGUCCGCGGCUCCAAUCUGUGUCCGCGGCUCCAGUCUGUGACCUGACUCCAGUCAGUGUCCGUGCGGCGUCUGAUAGGUAUUCCGUCCCGGAGCGCGAGUCGCCUCGUAAGACCGACGCAGUCAAGUUAAAUGGUCCGGAACUGCCGCACUGAGACAAAGAACUGAGGAGCUGUGCUGUGAUGUCAGUGUAGAUGUCUGUCGUUGCACUGUUUGACAGAGGCGUACAGCAGCGUAGCCAUUGUGUUGCGGUUUUCGAUAGUGUUUACUGGUGCUAGCGUCAUCUAGCAAAGAACGUCGUUUUGUUCUACCAUUGGGACCACAACUCGUUUGAGGUGGUGUGAAGGAUAUCAUGUUUAUCAUGGUUUGCUCUUAUAUUAAAUUCAUGCUUGUUCAUCGGUGUUUAAUACAUUUCGUAGAACAAUGUA